GUUUGUGUAUUUUUAGAGUAGCAAGUGGAGAUAACCCCAUUAUAAUAAAUUAUUAUUAUUCAACAUAUCGUCUCUAAGUGAUGGGAACUAAUGAAAAUUGUCGAAAAAAUAUCCGAUCAACGCCUAUAAAAAGGUGGAGUUGUUGAUAUUUGUCAAAAAUAUGAUCUAGAAUUUAUACGGAAAAUGGCUCUUGUUAUGCUGCCCAGUGACCUACCAUGGUGGGAUUCAGUGAAAAGAUUACUUAAAAAAAUAGCAGAUACAAAAAACUCCACAGAUCUUACAGAGAAAAUGCAAAAAAUAUAUGAAAUGUGCAAUGUAAGUUUAGAGCCAGACGAAGAAAAAGUUGAUCCACAACAAUUCGCUGGUUUUAUGAAUUUUUUGGAUAAUGAUUUAACAAAUGAAGAGAGGAGUGUAUUUUUUUCGAAAACUCUACCGAAUCUUGCGGCAAGAGCUUUGAAAAUUAAAGAAUGCAGACCAAAAAAUGGCUUACAUUUCAGCUUGCAGCAACAAGCUGACAGUACCGAGCUGGAAUACUCAUUAGUUUCAUCGUUGAUCGCAAAUGCUUUUUUUUCGACAUUUCCAAAACGAACUGAAAGGACUCAUCCCACUUUACAGAAUUUCAAUUUCGCCGAUUUUUUUAAAUGCCUUAAUAAUAACGCACAAAAAUCAAAAUUGAAAAGUAUACUCUAUUAUUUCGAAUGGCUCGCAAAUAACGAAAACUGUUGCGGUAGAAUAAAAAUAUUGAGACAGGUUAUGAGCAGCAAAGAAUGGCUGACAAUAGAAGAUUGGUUAGAAUGUAACUUACCUUUGUGUUCAUUAAAAAUACGACACGAUGGCAAAUUAGACAGACCAGAAGAAGAAUGUUUACAAAUUUGUUUUUCAAGUGCCAAAAUCGGAGGGAAUGUUCUUAGUAACGGAUUUACUCAGGAAUGUAUUAAUUUAGUGACAGCUCCGGAACUUCUAACGCUUCUUUUGAAUGUUGAAGCCUUAGAAGAUAACGAAGUUGUUACUGUGGAAGGUGUAAGGCACAUUUCGCGAAUUGUAGACCCCAAACAUCGAGCCUAUUUAGAAAAAUUUGAUAAACCCCAAAAAAUGACGGUAUGUUGUAUAGACGCCGAAGAUUACACCAAGUUACCAAUAGGACAAUACGAAGAAGAUAAUAUUUUGAGGGAAUUGAAUAAGUGCCUAUUAGGAUUUCAACAAAAAGAAUUAAUUAAAACGGAAAAAGAAACUCCAUAUCACAACCGUAGGCGACUAUCGCCUAUAGGGGAAUCAACGGGUUCCAAUCAGUCAGACUGCCUAAAUAUACCUCUAAUAACACAGCAAUCAUGUAGCACGACUCAUAGCGGGUCUCUAUCGUCAUUACCCGACAAUAAUAAUUUGAUAAAUGAUAGACUUUGUGUUCAAUUAGAAAUGGAGAGAAAUUUACAAAAGAGAAAUAAACCAAACGAUUCAAUAGUACAAGGAAGAAGAGGAAGAUUUAUUGUUUUGGGUUCAUCAGGAGAAUGUUUACCUAUUACAAGGCAUCCGGUGGUAGAAGAUGAUAGCAGAAGUACAUACGACAGCUGCGAAUCCUCUGAAGGAGAAUUUCUUAGUGCCAAAACUAGUGUAGAUGAUGGUAGUGAGGACGAAAAUUUCCAUAAACGUUAUAGUAUAGAUCUAGAAACGUCUGAAAGAAGAAAUUUAUUUGCUCAACGAUUAAGGGAUGCUCUACGGAAAGAAGUGUCGACAAGUACACCGUCUACCAGUGAAGAAUCUAGUUAUGCUGUAGGGAUAUCAGUAACUGGAUCCAAUUUGCAUGAUGGGGAUAUAAGAGUUAGGAGGGGAGGUUCUACUGGGUUCGCUUUGAAAGAAGAUUCUCUGGAAGAUAAUUUUUUAGAAAAUUCCUUGAACAAAGAAAAAGAAUGGAUAGAUAAAUUUAGAAAUAAACAAUCAUCAGUUAUGAACAAAAAGGAAUCCAAUAAAUCAUCAGAAUAUAGUUUUAGUACAGAAUACAGUUCGGAAUUGGAAGAAGUAUACGAACAAUUUUCAAGGUGGUUGGAAUGUCCGCUUUUAGAAAUUGAAAAAGGUACCAAGAAAGAACUAGAUGCAAGAGAGCUUGCCGUUGUAAGAUUCGCAGGUUCAAUUUUAAAAAGAACUUUGAGCGAAUCUUUUGUUGGCGUACAAGUUCCUAUGACAGAAACAUGUGAUACAAACUCAGGUCCAAACGACGAAUAUUCUACGAAGAAAAAUAAAUUAGUACUUAAUGCUAAGAGUCUUAGUUUAGAAUUAGCUCGACAGAAACACCGUUUAGCUGCUCAAUUGAGUGCUGAUUUAUAUCCAGAUUACGAAAAUGAGAAUGUAGCAAUAACAAAUUUUGAGAAUGAAGAUUCAGCUUGUAGUUUAACAAAAACUAAAACUUGGUUUAUUACUUGUGUUACUGAAGCAAUUGUACAGACUUUAGAAGAUAUUUCCGUUAAUGUUAAUUUGCCACAAAAUGAGCUCUCUCAACUUUCUGACAAACCUAAGAACGGCCUCAAAGCCGUUUCUACGGGCAAUUGGGGUUGCGGAUCAUCCCAUAAAGGAGACGUUCAACUAAAAGUAGUCAUCCAAUGGAUGGCAGCGAGCGUUGCAGGUGUACCAGCACUUAUUUACCGUACAUAUGGACAUCAACAGUUAGCCAAGUUGGAUACGGUUUGUAGGAUACUCAUAGACAGAAAAUGGUCGGUUAGGGAUUUAGCUGAGGCUACAUUGAGAUAUUCCAACAGGGUUAUACAAGGAAAGGAAUUGAGCGGGACUUUGUUUGAAGAACUUAUCGGUAUGGGUAAUAAUUAGAACAAAAAGAAACCUAUACGAUAUCACUUUCUUGAGAGUAAAAGAAUAUUUUUUCGCUAUUAAUUUUUAUACAGCCCCAAGAAUUGAAUAUAUGAGAUAUAUUCUACUUAUUUGUAAAAUAAAAGGGAUUUAGAGUCAAAUAUGUUGAGAAUAGUUAAAAAUAGGUAAAAAAAAAGGAUUUUCUGUAAGAAAAAACACACUCACCAACUGUGGUAACACAAAUAGUUUUUCUAAUUGGAUAUUUAUUAUUAAUAUAAACGAUAAUGUUUUAGAGGUUGUGUUUUGUAAAAACCAGUGCCUAUACAGAAAGCGCACGGUCUUCCUACUUUUAUACAAACUUUUUUUGAAUAUUUACAUCUGGUUUAAAAGUGAAUAAAUAAUGAAAGUAAACUUUUUAUAAUGGAAACUGUUCAUUUGCUCCAAUUUUAAAUCGUUACUUCACUUGCUAUUCAGUUACUUAUGACUCACAUUUAAGAAAGAAGAAUGUACUUAUAGGAUUGUUUAUUACAAAAUUUUAAUAAAUAAUACAACUCUGAA